GUAUAAAUAAGGCCGAUAAUCGCCUCCACCAGGCACUGGAGGAACCGAUCGUCCCGGGAUCGAUUCCCAGACUGAGAAGGUUCCCCUCUUAACGAUCGGGAAAGUUCUUCAGAAAAGGCGUGAAACCGAUCGGCGAAGAUGGGGUGGAUCACGAAACUUGUUGUUCUGACUCUCUUCACGGCGGCCCGCAUUGAGGGCAGGCUGCAGAACUCCAGAAGGGCCGCGAUCCACGACCCAAUGAUCAUCCCUGUCCAGCCCACGGCAUAUCCCGCACAAACAUCCAUCGUCGGCGCAGCCGAGCCGACCGUGGAGCAGCAGGCGCAGUGCGUGUCCUGGAGCCAGGAGCACUACCUGACGUUUGACGGGCAGAUGUACAACUUCAAGGGGCAGUGCACCUACAAACUGGUGGGCGACUGUGCCGACAACACCUUCAACAUCCACGUCCGUCACCAGCGGGGCUGUAACAACACCCAGCCGUGCCACGUGGAAGUCAUCCUGUACAUCGGGAACUUCGUGGUGACGCUGCGGCACACCCCGGACGGCCCGACGGCGUUUGACGGGGACAUGCAGGUGUCCAUCCCGGCUAACCUGCACGGGCUCCUGGUGGAGAGGAUCGCCUCGUACGUCGUGGUGCGCAGCGGGCUCGGCUUCAAGAUCAAGUGGGACGGCGCCGACGCAGUUUACGUCGAGGUGACUGAGGAUCUGUUCGGGAAGACCUGUGGUCUGUGCGGAAAGUACGACAGAGACGUUCAUAACGACUUCACAGACAUCUCUGGGAAGGUCCGGGAUCACGUACUCCCCUUUGCUGCCAGCUGGAAGAUGCCAGAAAGCGAAGGAGACAUCUGCUCAGACAGCCGACAGAACAGUCACUGUAAUACCCAGACCAUGGCUGGUCAGAUCGCACACACUCAGGCAGCUCAGAUAUGUACGGGACUCAAAACUCUUCCUGAGUUCCAACCAUGCCACGAGUUCGUUGACCAGUUUGCCUACUACGAGUCUUGCAAGGAGGACGUUUGUCUGAGCGGUGGUCUGGAGUCUGCCGCCUGCAACAGCUUCGAGGCGUACUUCAGGGAGUGUCUGCGACACGGGGUGCAUGUCAACUGGAGGAGUGACACUUUCUGCCCGGCUAACUGUGCGGAGGGUAUGGAGUACCGUACCUGCGGCACCUCCUGCCCGGAGACCUGCCGCACGACGCUGUACGACUGCGAGGAUAACCAGUGCAUCGACGGCUGCCACUGUCCCGAGGGGACGUACCUGAACGGCGGGGAGUGUCUGCCGCACGCCAGCUGCCCCUGCCUCAGCCACGGGGUGGAGCACCCACCGGGCUCACACAUCAACUCCGACUGUAACGACUGUGAGUGCGUAAAUGGCAAGUGGGAGUGUACCACGGAGCCUUGCGAAGCCACGUGCAUCGCUACCGGGGACCCCCAUUACAUCACGUUUGACGGCAGGUCGUAUGACUUCAUGGGAGAUUGUUCCUACACCAUGGUCAUGAACAAGAUGACUGACGAGACCGACUACAGUAUCGAGGCUGAGAACCAGGAGUGCGACUCUGGCUCCACCCGGCAGCUGACGUGCACGCGCUCGGUGACGGUGAAGACAGGCAGCACGGUGCUGAAGCUGAAGCAGGGGAAGAGCGUGCUGCUGAACGGGGAGGACAUCGUCAGGCUGCCGCACCGCGGGCCCGGGGUGUACAUCGAGACCGCCACUUCCAUCUUCCAGAAGGUUACCCUUGACAACGGGCUGCGGGUACUGUGGGACGGAGUUUCCCGUCUCUACAUCACCGCCCCGCCCAAGUUUGUCGGCAGGACCAUGGGUCUGUGCGGCACCUUUAACUACAACCAGCAGGAUGAUUUCUACACCAAAGUCGGGGACAUCGAGACCAACCCGAUCGCCUUCGCCAACAAGUGGAAGACGGACGACCUGUGCGCGGACCGGCCGCUGGUGCCUACCGGACAGGAGACCAUGCACCCGUGUGACAUCUACCAGCAGCUGAAGACAGCCGCGCAGCAGCACUGCGGGCAGCUCAUGGGGUCAUUCUUUACCGCCUGUCACCAGUACGUGAACCCGCAGGAGUCUUACGACAGGUGCAUGUUUGAUUACUGCGGCAGCGGACACGCCAUACAGAGCAUGUGUGACGCCAUGUCCGACUACUCACUGGCCUGUGGCGCCAAGGGAGUCGAGCUGGACUGGCGGCAGAACACAGAAGGAUGCGAGGUGUCGUGUUCCGGAGAGCUGGUGUACGACCAGUGCCACCCCGGGUGUCAGACCACCUGCGCGUCCAUACUGGAGGGAGUGGAGUGCGAGCCGUUCUGUGUGGAGGGGUGCGCCUGUCCGGAGGGAACCGUCCUGGACUACGAGGGGCACUGCGUACCUCCCGAGGAGUGCGGCUGCAUGGAGAACGGGAAACACUACCUGGACGGAGCCUCCAUCAACCGGGGCUGCAACACAUGCAUGUGUUCUAAGGGCCAGUGGGCCUGCACGGAGAUGGCGUGCUUACCGGACUCCCCCGCACUCUGCCCCGACAACCAGAUCUGGUCCAACUGCGUCGUGGAGAACCAGAUCACCUGUAAGAACAUGCACCUGGGCGUGACGUCACAGGCCCCGGUCACGUGCCACGCCGGCUGUCAGUGUAGGAACGACACCGUGUGGGACGAGGAGAAGGGCGCAUGCGUGAUGCCGCAGAACUGCCCGUGUUACCACGGUGGUCAGAGUUACGAGCAAAGUCACACCAUCCAACUGGACUGUAACACCUGCUUCUGCAACGGGCAACAGUGGGUGUGUGAAGUCAACGAAUGCGCAGGAAUCUGCACGACGUUCGGAGAUCCUCACUACAAGACGUUUGACGGGAAGAUGUACGAGUUCCAAGGAGACUGUGACUACGUCUUGGCCAAGAGCAAGGACGGUGCCUCUCUUCCGUUCUCCGUCACUGCCGAGAACAUCCCCUGUGGAACAAGCGGCGUCACCUGCACCAAGAACAUCAUCGUGACGCUGGGCAGCGGCGCCAGCAGGCAGAGGCUCUCCCUGGUCCGUGGCCAGCCGAUCACCGCCGACGGGACGGACUUCACCAUCCGGCAGGCCGGCAUGUUCGUGUUCGUCAGCACACCGAUCGGUCUGACGCUGCAGUGGGACAAGGGAACCCGCGUGUACAUCAAGCUCGUGCCGGCGUGGAAGGGAUAUGUCGAGGGUCUGUGUGGUAACUUCAACGGUAACCAGAUGGAUGACUUCACCACCCCCAUGGGCGGACCCCCCGUUACCAUGGCCAACACCUUCGGUGACAGCUGGAAGGUUCACGACUACUGCAUGGAUGCUGUGGUCGUAGAGGACACCUGCGCCCUCCACCCGAACAGACAAGCCUGGGCCCUGCGGAAGUGUGCCAUCCUCAAGUCUGACGUCUUCAGGCCUUGCCACAGCGAGGUCCCUUACCAGCCGUACUACGACAAGUGCGUGUACGACGCGUGUGGUUGUGACAGUGGCGGUGACUGCGAGUGUCUCUGUACAGCCAUCGCUGCCUACGCACAGGAGUGUAACCUGGCCGGUGUACCCAUCAAAUGGCGCGAACAGGAGAUUUGCCCCAUGCAGUGUGAGUACGGCAUGCAGUACGUGGCCUGCAGUUCUUCCUGCCCCAAAACCUGUGACAACAUGGAGAACUACUCCGAGAUCGCCGCCAACUGCACCGACACAUGUGUGGAGGGCUGCGCCUGUCCGCCUGGAUUUGUUGUGGGACUGAACGGCGUCUCUUGUGUGCUGGACACAGAGUGCUUCCAGGAGGAGACCACACCACUUCCGCCUACAACCACGGCUAGUAUCACCACAGGAACCGCCACCGUCCCGACAACUACCACUAUGCGACCGACCACUACCACCACUCCAAAGCCAACCACCACUACACCCGCACCUGUUGCCCUGGACGCCGAGUGUGUGCAGCCCUACGACUACUGGACCGAAUGGAUGAAUGUUGGAUACCCGAGCCCAAUGACUGGCGGAGACUAUGAAACCAUCGAAAACCUGCGUUACAAGUAUGUCUUCUGUCAGGAUGACGACAUCGUCUCUGUGGAGUGUAAGGUGAACGGCCAUAGUAACCUGUACGCGGAGCACACGGGCCAGGUCGUCACCUGUGACACAACUGUGGGUCUGGUAUGCAACAACAUGGACCAGCCCGACUUCCCCCCAGCCUGCUACGACUAUGCCAUCAGAUUCUUCUGCAGUUGCGGAGAGCUGCCUACAACAACUCAGCAAGUAACAACGACGGUGAAGCCUACCACGACCGCCUUUACAACGACUACAGCCACCUCCGAGGAGCCCACAACCACUACCAAGGCUACAACAACAAUGUUAACUACAACAGCCACGACCACGGAAAAGCCGCCUCCACCGUCAACAACCACGUUCACAACUUCAACAGCCUCCACGACCACAAAGCCCUUCAGCCUGCCGAUGGAGUGUCCUGUUGCCGGCGCUGAUGCCUGGACACCGUGGAUGAAUGUCGACACUCCAGCAAACGGAGGCGGAGGCGACUACGAUACGCUGGAAGCGCUGCAUCAGAAAUACGUCUUCUGCGAGGACAACAUGAUCACACAGGUGGAGUGCCAAUUGGUCGGCUUUGGGACACCAGCUGAUCAGACUGGACAGAAGGUGACCUGCGAUGUUACGACUGGUCUCAUCUGCAUCGACGACUUGCAGUUAGCACAGAAGUGCUAUGAUUACGAAAUCAGAGUCUUCUGUGCCUGCGGAGAAGAAACUACCACUGGGAUCAGCACCACAACAGGCGUGUCGAAACCCACCACCACCGUUGCUGGCACCACAACAGCUGAGGUAACCAAACCUACCAGCACGGUUACCACUCCUAAGCCAACCAGCACUGAGCAUGGCACAACGACAGGGGAGACCACAACAACUGGAACAGCCACAACUACUGGCACCAAGACACCUCCUACUACAACAGCUGAGGUGACCAAACCUACAAGCACAGUUACCACCCCUAAGCCCACCAGCACUGAGCAUGGUACAACGACAGGGGAAACUACAACAACUGGAACAGCCACAACUACUGGUACCAAGACACCUCCUACUACAACUACCGAAACUUCGGAAACGAAGCCUGUCCAGUUAGAAGUCAGCACCAAGCCCCAACUCUGUCCGGUGCCAAAUGGAAAUGGCUGGACCUCCUUCAUGAGCUCAGGAACUCCAACCGAUACUAGCGAUGGUGGCGAGUUUGAAACCAUUGACAACCUGAGGGAGCACUUCAGCUUCUGUCCCAAUGACAUGAUCACUGACGUGCAGUGUUCUCUGGUCUUCGGCUCUGGCAUGUUCACUGCCCCGUCCAUUGGACAGGCCGUGACAUGUAACACAACACACGGUCUCAUCUGCCUGAAUGAAGACAACCCUAUACUGGGCUGCAUGGAUUACCAGGUCCAGUUCUACUGUGAAUGUGGCCCUGAAUCAACCACACUGUCCGGUACAGCUACAAGCACCAUCGAACAAACUACCACAGGUAUCAGCACCACAACAGGCGUGUCGAAACCUACCACCACCGCUACUGGUACCACAACAACUGAGGUAACCAAACCUACCAGCACAGUUACCACUCCUAAGCCGACCAGCACUGAGCAUGGCACAACGACAGGGGAAACUACAACAACUGGGACAGCCACAACUACUGGCACCAAGACACCUCCCACGACUACCGCGGAAGGCACAACUCACAAGGUGUGUGUGGACGGCUGGACCACAUGGGUCAGUUCUCACAAACCCAACCCCAAUGACAUUCAUGGUGGAGACAUCGAGGACCUCAGUUUGCUCGCCCACGAUGAUAAUUUCAACCUGUGUGGCGGUGACAUGAGCAUGGUGGCAGACAUACAGUGUCAGGAGAUCAACACACAGACACCAUGGGGCAGUACAGGCCAGUUGGGUCUGAUCUGUGACACACAGACUGGCUUCUCCUGUAGCAACUCAAUGAACUAUCCAGGCGGAUGUCAGGACUACGAGAUCAGCGUGCUUUGUCAAUGUGUGCCGACCACUACGCAUUCGACAACUUCUACUGUCACUUCCACUACGACAACUCUAAAACCAACUACCCAGACGACGACAACGAAGCCUCACCAACCACCAAUGACAACCGCAGCGCAUCAGACUACCUCACCUGGUACUACCAUUCCCACCACACCGCAGACCCUGCCUCCACUGUGCGAAUAUCCAGACCGUGACUUCUGGACCCAGUGGAUGAGUGUCGGCCAUCCUGGAAAUGGCCUGGGUGACAUCGACACCAUUGAGAUUCUGCGAACAAAGUACUCCUUCUGCGAGAACAACAUGAUCACUGCCAUAGAUUGCCGCGUGAUCAGCCUGCACGAUUCUCCCGAGGAUGCAGGGCAGAAGGUGGUCUGUGAUGCACAGAUAGGACUGAUCUGCGUCAACUCAGACCAACAGGCCUGCUAUGACUACGAAGUCCGCUUCUUCUGCGAAUGUGGGCCAGAAACCACAACUCAUCAGACCACCAGCACAAUUUCUCCAACCACAACUGGCUCACAGACUGCUACAACCACAGGCAUUGCAACCACAACCGGGCGGACAACAACAACUGGGGAGACAACUACAACAACGACUGGUGCGACAACUGCAGCUCCCCAGGUGUGUGUGGACGGCUGGACCACCUGGAUCAGCUCUCACAAACCCAACCCGGCCGACAGCUCGGAUGGAGACUUUGAAUACCUCAACGCGCUUGUUCAUGAUGAUCACUUUAACCUGUGUGGCGGUGACAUGAGCAUGGUGGCAGACAUACAGUGUCAGGAGAUCAACACACAGACACCAUGGAGCAGUACAGGACAGGAUGGUCUGACCUGUGACACACAGACUGGCUUCUCCUGUAGCAACUCCAUGAACCAGCCAGAGGGAUGUCUGGAUUACGAGAUCAGCGUGUUCUGCCACUGUGGAGAAACCACAUCUCAGCAGACCACCAGCACAGUUUCUCCAACCACAACUGGCUCACAGACUGCUACAACCACAGGCAUUGCAACCACAACCGGGCGGACAACAACAACUGGGGAGACAACUACAACAACAACCGGUGCGACAACUGCAGCUCCCCAGGUGUGUGUUGAAGGCUGGACCACCUGGAUCAGCUCUCACAAACCCAACCCGGCCGACAGCUCGGAUGGAGACUUUGAAUACCUCAAUGCGCUUGUUCAUGAUGAUCACUUUAACCUGUGUGGCGGUGACAUGAGCAUGGUGGCAGACAUACAGUGUCAGGAGAUCAACACACAGACACCAUGGGACAGCACAGGACAGGAUGGUCUGAUCUGUGACACACAGACUGGCUUCUCCUGUAGCAACUCCAUGAACCAGCCAGAGGGAUGUCUGGAUUACGAGAUCAGUGUGUUCUGCCACUGUGGAGAAACCACAACCCAGCAGACCACCAGCACAGUGGAAACGACCACUACCGGUGUAACAACCACAAGCGGGGUUAGUCCAACAACAGGCACCAGUACCACCACAGGGAGCAGUCCUGGCAACACAAAACCACCUGUUACUACUGGAAAACCAAUAGGAACCACGCCUAUUCCAGAAAAUCCUCCUGGACUGCCUACUGAUCAGGCGACGACCAGUGGAACAGCCUCAACAACAGCAGCCACCACAAGCACUGCUGAGACCACCACUACUGGCAAGACCACUACAACUGCUCCCCAGGUGUGUGUUGAAGGCUGGACCACCUGGAUCAGCUCUCACAAACCCAACCCGGCCGACAGCUCGGAUGGAGACUUUGAAUACCUCAAUGUGCUUGUUCAUGAUGAUCACUUUAACCUGUGUGGCGGUGACAUGAGCAUGGUGGCAGACAUACAGUGUCAGGAGAUCAACACACAGACACCAUGGAGCAGCACAGGACAGGAUGGUCUGAUCUGUAACACACAGACUGGCUUCUUCUGUAGCAACUCCAUGAACGAGCCAGAGGGAUGUCUGGAUUACGAGAUCAGUGUGUUCUGCCACUGUGGAGAAACCACAUCUCAGCAGACAACCAGCACAAUUUCUCCAACCACAACUGGCUCACAGACUGCUACAACCACAGGCAUUGCAACCACCACUGGGCGGACAACAACAACCGGUGAGACAACUACAACAACGACUGGUGUGACAACUACAGCUCCCCAGGUGUGUGUUGAAGGCUGGACCACCUGGAUCAGCUCUCACAAACCCAACCCGGCCGACAGCUCGGAUGGAGACUUUGAAUACCUCAAUGCGCUUGUUCAUGAUGAUCACUUUAACCUGUGUGGCGGUGACAUGAGCAUGGUGGCAGACAUACAGUGUCAGGAGAUCAACACACAGACACCAUGGAGCAGCACAGGACAGGAUGGUCUGACCUGUGACACACAGACUGGCUUCUCCUGUAGCAACUCCAUGAACGAGCCAGAGGGAUGUCUGGAUUACGAGAUCAGCGUGUUCUGCCACUGCGGAGAAACCACAACCCAGCACACCACCAGCACAGUGGAAACUACCACUACCGGUGUAACAACCACAAGCGGGGUUAGUCCAACGACAGGUACCAGUACCACCACAGGGAGCAGUCCUGUCACCACAAAGCCACAUGCAACAACUGGAAAACCAAUAGGAACCACGCCUAUUCCAGAAAACCCUCCUGGACUGCCUACUGAGCAGGCGACGACCAGUGGAACAGCCUCAACAACAGCAGCCACCACAAGCACUGCUGAGACCACCACUACUGGCAAGCAAACCCCCACCGCCACAACAUCUGGUGAGACUCCAACAUCCACCACUGGUAAGACUACAACAGUUGAAACCACCACCACAGGUGUGCAGACCACCACAGCCAAGCAGACCCCUACUUCCACGGCAACCAGCACCACAACUGUUGCCCAGACUACUGAGUGCAAGAACCAGUGGACAUCGUGGAUGAACAGCGGCAAACCAGCUUCCAAUGGUCAGAAUGGUGACUACGAGACCAUUACAAACCUACAACAGAUGUAUGACUUCUGCAGCCCUGACAUGAUUGUAGAUGUUGAGUGCCGGGUAGCUGAAUUCCACACGCCUUUGGACGAAGUAAAUCAGAUAGUGACUUGUGACAUCAAGGAUGGCCUCGUCUGCGUCAAUGACUACCAGACUGGUGCUUUGGGCUGCUCCGACUAUGAGAUUCGAUUCUUCUGUCGGUGUGGAGGACCUACCACAACUAUGCUGACAACUUCCCAGACCUCAAGACCGACUCCAACCACCAUGGUAACAACUACAACCUCAGUAUCCACCCCAACUGUCACCCCUACCAUCCACACCCAGCCACCGGCACAUUCGACCACCCCAGCACAACAGAUACUUGUAGGAUGUGAGCACCAGUACCCAUACUGGACCCAGUGGAUGAGUGUACACACCCCCAGCCCCAACACAGAGGGAGACAGUGAGACCAUCCAGGAACUUCGUCCUUACUACAGGUUCUGUGACGAAGGCAUGAUUGUUGACGUACAGUGCCGAGUGACUGGGUCAGGCAUCCCAGCCGAUCUAACUGGACAAACCGUCACGUGCGACGCUGCUGUUGGUCUGACCUGCCUCAAUGCAGAUCAGACAGGACCCUUCCAUCUGUGUGACGACUAUGAAGUCAGGUUCUUCUGUGCCUGUGGAGAAACAACCAUGGGCCCAACAACCACCACACAUGUCACCACCACCUCCACAGUUGAGACAACCACAACUGGUGUGACAACCACAACAGGCAUCAGCACAACAACUGGGAAGACCCCAAUAACAACAACAGGAUCCACCACAGGCACAACUGUUACACCAACCACUGCAGCGGAAACUGCAACAAAGCCGUCCGAUGUUGGCGUCAGCAUGGGCUGCCUGCAUGACUACGACUACUGGACUGAAUGGAUGAACACCGACAGCCCUGACAGGCAUGAUGGUGAUGAUGUGGAAUUCAUCAACAACCUAAGGGAGGAAUACACAUUCUGUGGACCAUUCAGGGUAGAAGCUGUGGAAUGCCGUGUCUAUGGCACACAGCUCUCUGUAGAACAGGGAGGCCAGCAGGUGACUUGUGAUGAGCACUCUGGUCUGAUCUGCCAUGCUGAAGACCAACAUGGAGGAAUGGGCGAGUGCUACGACUACGAAAUCCGCUUCCUCUGUGACUGUGGAGUUGAAACUACUCCGCCUGCAAUCCCAAGUACCACCUCCACUGCUAAGACCACCACAACGGCCACCACCACCUCCACAGGCAUCACUACUACAACAGGUGAAACCACGACCACUGGCAAGGAAACACCAACCACUACAACUGAGAAGCCUACAACUGGUACAACCAGUACUGUUGAGACCACAACUACAGUCGCCACCACUUCCACGGGUGUUACAACUUCAACUGGUGAAACUACAACCACUGGCAAGGAAACACCAACCACUACAACUGAGAAGCCUACAACAGGUACAACCAGUACUGUUGAGACCACAACUACAAUCGCCACUACUUCCACGGGUGUGACAACUUCAACUGGUGAAACUACAACCACUGGCAAGGAAACACCAACCACUACAACUGAGAAGCCUACAACUGGUACAACCAGUACUGUUCAGACCACAUCUACAGUUGCCACCACUUCCACGGGUGUUACAACUUCAACUGGUGAAACUACAACCACCGGCAAGGAAACUCCAACCACCACAACUGAGAAGCCUACAACAGGUACAACUAGUACUGUUGAGACCACAUCUACAGUUUCUACCACUUCCACGGGUGUUACAACUUCAACUGGUGAAACUACAACCACAGGCAAGACAACUACCACUUCAACUGCAGAAACGUUCACAACUGGCAAACCCAUCAGUACCACAGGAACAACAACGACAACGGCAGAGACUACCACAACGGGUGCGUCCUCAACAACUGGAUCCACUACUCCCGGCAAACCCACCACCAUGACUGCCUCCACACUGAGCCCCAACGCACCCGAGGGAACAUCUCCACCUCCCACCACCUACCAAGCCUGGGUUGAGGGUACACCAGGUGGAGAGAAUGUUUCAUUCGAGCCGACACAACCAGGAUGGGGCCCCAUUCCAGAGACCACAGAGAAGCCUCCUAUCCUGAUCCCGCACCUCCCAACCCCCGUCCCCACACACGUACUCAUGACCACCCUGAAAGGCUGCGAGGCUGACGUCGACUACUGGACCCUCUGGAUGAACGUCUUCUAUCCGACACACAGCAACGGUGGAGACUUCGAAACUCUGGACAACCUGCGGGACAAAUACAUGUUCUGUGAUGACGGCAUGAUCGUGUCGGUGGAGUGCCGUACAGCUGAUGUGAACCACAUACCAUCUGACCAAUCAGGACAGAAGGUGAUCUGUGACAUUGAUAAUGGACUUAUCUGCAGCAACGACAUGAACGCCCCUGAAUAUUGCCAUGACUACGAGAUCAGGUUCUUCUGUGACUGUGGUGUGGAGCCAACCACCCUAGUGAGUGCAGAAACCACUACCACCACUCAGGCUGCAACCACGGGAGUGGCAACCACCACUGGUAUCAGCAAGCCGACAACCACGGUCUCUUCAACAACCACUGGCAAGGAGACGACACCUGGCACAUACAGCACAACCAGUACCCUGGGGUCCAGCACCACAGGUGUGGUCACAACCACAGCCACCAACCCAGUCAGCACAUCUACACUGCUCACAUCCACUGCUGUUCAGACCUCAACUGUUAGCACAACAGGCAAACCUACACCACCAACAACAACAGGAGUCUCCCCAACAACUACCAGUACCAUAUCCCCAACAACUGGGCAUGAGACCACCACUGGCAAGACCACCCCAACACCAGCGUCUAGCACUACUACUGGUACUGAAACAAGUACCAUCAGCACCACGCCUAAACCAACUCCAGGUACCACUACUGGCAUCACAACGUCAACAGUUUCUGAAGGCUCCACUAGUACUGCUCUACACACCACCACUGGCAAGACCAGCCCAGGACCAGUACCUACCACCACCACUGGUACACAGACAAGUACCGUAAGUACCACCCCCAAACCAACUCCAGGUACCACUACAGGAGUGUCUACAUCAACAGCUACAGAGGGCUCUACCUCCACUGCUCUACACACCACCACUGGCAAGACCACUCCAGCACCAGUGCCUACCACCACCACUGGUACACUAACAAGUACCGUAAGUACCACCCCCAAACCUGUCCCCUCCACUACAAGUGGUGUCCUGCCCACUACCACAUCUAGCAUAACGACCAGCUCUGGAGCAAUCAUCACUACAACAACAUUUGCCACCAAGCCUACGUCCAUCUUUACCACCAAUGUGGCUACCAAGCCUGUGCCUCAGGAGAACCCACCAAUGUGUCUGACCAACACUAACUACUGGACAGAGUGGAUGAACACUGGCUCUCCCAGUACUGGGGAGGGUGGAGACUUUGAAUCCAUCGACAGCCUGAGGGAACAGUACGUGUUCUGUGACCAGGGCAUGAUGGCAGCCGUGCAGUGUCGUGUUGUGGGUACCAACAACCUGAUGCACGACCAGUCUGACCAGAACGUGACCUGCUCCAUCCACCAGGGUCUGGAGUGUCACAACAUGGACCAGGUGGCUGACAACUACAUGUGUCACGACUACGAGAUCCGCUUCUUCUGCGAGUGUGGACCUGCAACUACCAUGACAAUGGUGACAACAACCAAGCCAACCACUGCCUUGCUUACAACCACCACUCCAAAACCUGUUACCGAGACCACCGGUACCCCUGCCAUCCACGGUGAGACAGUGUCCACGACCAUGCCACUGUUCCCUGUGACAACAGGAGGCAAGCCUAUCCCAAGUACCACAGGACAGAUCUCUACAGAGAAGCCUCCCCAGCCCACCACAACAGCAGCCAAACCCACAACUACACCACCUCUGACUAGCUUCAAGCCCACCACUGUGCCUGUAACCACCAGCACCAUGAGCACCAUGAGGCCAUUUAUUGUGAUGGAUACCUGCAUCAUGUUCGAUGACACAAUCCAGACGUUUGAUGGCACUGUCUAUGACUACCCAAUCUGCAACAACGUGCUGGCAAAGGACUGUGUCCACAACAGGUUUGAAGUCCACGCCUUCUUGGACUGUACUGGUGCAGACAACAGGGAUGACUGUAACCGUGGCAUCUAUGUCAGGAUUGGAGAAGAUGUCAUCAUCUUGGACCGUCCCAAUACACAGCUCACUCUCAACGGUCAGGCCUUCAACUUGACACAGCUUCCCACACUCAACGCCAACCUGGCAAACCGUGGGAUCCGGAUCACUUCUGUUGGUAACGAGAUCAUCAUUCAGACCAACUUCGGCAUUAACAUCUACUGGUCCAAGACCUACGAGGCCAGAAUUGUUGUUCAUGAGAGCCUUCAGAACAUGCUGUGUGGCAUGUGCGGCACCUACAACCACCAAAGCCAGGAUGACUUUACUCUCCAGGAUGCCAGCCUGACGGAUGAUGCCAUUGCUUUUGGAGACAGCUGGAUGGUUGGAGAAUGUCCGUUCACAUCAACCGUGGAGCACUUCUGUCCCCCUGAGAUCGAGGCCCAAGCUGAGGCUAAGUGUGACGUGCUCAGGACGAGUGUGUUCUCAGCAUGCCACCCUCACGUGCCUGUUGACCUGUACUACCACCUGUGUGUGAACCGCGUGUGUGAGUGCCAUACCAACGGUACUGACCUGGCGGACUGUGAGUGUGAUCCUCUGUCCGCAUACGCCACCACCUGUGAGCGCCUGGAUGAAGACAUUGUGCUGGACUGGAGGAACCCUCUGCGCUGUCCUGCUGAGUGCCCACCAGGCAUGGUGUACCAUGAGUGCGGCCCAGGCUGCCCGACCUCCUGUGACAACAUGCACGACUCCAACGUGGACUGUAACGUGGACUGUGUGUCCGGCUGCUUCUGCCCUGACAACAUGGUGCAACAGGGAGACCAGUGUAUCAGGCCAGCACUAUGCACCGACUGCUACUGCUAUGGCUAUGGAGAUCCACACUACAUCACCUUCGACGGCACCUACUACCCCUUCCAGGGUCAGUGCUCCUAUGUGCUGGCUCGGGAGACAACCACUCACGAGUUUGAGGUUAUUGGUGAUAAUGAGCUGUGCGAGGGAGGACCCAAUCCUACCUGUACCAAGUCUGUCACCGUCCGCUACGGUGGGCACGAGGUCACUCUCAACAGAAACAGGAUAGUAAGUCCGCAUUCAUCUGGAUCUGAGGUAACGGUGGAUGGUGUUGACCAGUCCGCACCAGUGUCCAUUGGUGGUAUCAAUGUCUUUGUGAACGGUCUCAAGUUGGUGCUGGAGAUCCCUGCCAUCAAUCUCAGGGUGCGAUAUGAUGAGGUCAACCAUGGGUUUGACAUCCUGGUGCCAUCCUCAAUCUACUAUGACAGGACAGAGGGUCUUUGUGGACCAUGUAACUACGAUGGGUCUGAUGACCUGACCACGUCCCAGGGAACCAUCGAGACCAACUCUGACGUCUUCGCCCUGUCCUGGAUGACCCUGGAGAGCAUGCAGCAGACUGAGCUGCAGUGUGGGCUGAUCGAGUCCACCUCCCCCCCACAGACCGAGUGUGUAGCCGACUUCUCCCAGUGUGAGGUCAUCUUGUCAGACGUGUUUGAGGAGUGUCACCAGCUGGUCAACCCACAGGUCUUCCUUGACACUUGCAAGUACGAUGUUUGCAAUGUGGGGUUGGAGCUGUCUUGCGACUCCCUUGCAGCCUACGCACGUGAAUGCGACCGCCAUGGUGUCUGUCUCGAGUGGCGCGAAGGCCUCUGCGAGUUCCACUGCCCAGCCCCUAUGGAGUUCCACUCCUGUGGUGCACCCUGCCCCAUGACCUGUGACAUGGUGACUGGUUUAACCCCGGUCACACCGUGCCAGACCACGGAGACGGAAGGCUGCUUCUGCCCACCCCACAUGGUUCUGGACCACGAAGGCAACUGUGUUCCACCCGAGUCCUGCCCAAUGUGUGUGGAUGAAACCGGACGUCCAUUCGCACUUGGAGACACCUGGCAUCCCAACAAUGACCCGUGCGAGACUUGCACGUGCAAGGGUCUGAACUCCACGUCCUGUGUGCAGAAGGUGUGCCCACAGUUUGACCAGACCCAGAUGGUGUGCAGGAGUGGACACAAUGUGCCAGUGGUAUGGGAUGAGGACCACUGCUGUGCCAUGCCACAGUUUGAUGAGUGUACCCUGACCGUGGACUGUUCCGACAUGGCCGCCUGCCAGCUGGGAGAGAUCAUGGAGGUGUCCCAGAACGGAACCUGCUACUGCCGCUGUGUACCAGAGGAAUGCCCCAGCCCAGUGAUGCCAACACUCAGUGAAGGACAAAUGGCUGUUCCUGUGGAUGCAAAUCUGUGCUGUGCAGAAUACACUGCAGUCUGCAACAGCUCCAUGUGCUCAGACAAGAUCCCUGGACAGUAUGAGGUGCUGGUAGAGGUGGAAGGACAGUGCUGCCCACAACUCACAUGUGACUCCAGCCUGUGCCCGAUUGCCCCGACCUGCUCCCCACACCAUACACUACAGGUUACUGAGGGCCACUGUUGUGAGGAGUACCAGUGUGUCUGUGAUGACACCCUGUGCCCUGUGCCACCAUCUUGUCAAGAUGAUGAGGUACUUCUGUCCACUGUGGGAGAGUGCUGCACGACUUACGAAUGCAGCUGUGACAAGACCCAGUGUGAUGAAACCAUCCCAUCCUGCCCUGUGUCUGGCAUGACAGCCGUUGUCAGCAAUGCUGGAGGCUGCUGCUCACAGUAUGAAUGCACAUGCCAGGAGCCCAUGGGUGCACACUGCAGUGACCUGACCUGCCCACAUGGAUUCAUGGCUGACAUGGUUAACGUCAAUGAAUGUGGCUGCCCAACAGCAUGCGUCUCUGUCUGUGGAUCUGAGAGCUGCUAUGUGAAUGGCUCAUGUCACAGCUCUGGAGACAUGUGGACCCCUGAUGAUGUGUGUACUGUCUGUUCCUGCAAGCCCAACAACGGUGCAUACGAGGCCAUGUGUGAGACCCAAGUCUGCACUGCAUGCCCUGCUGGUUAUACUAUGGUGGAUAUGCCAGGCCAGUGCUGUGGUGAGUGUACCAAGACAGACUGUGUCAUUAUGGAUGCACAGAGCGAUCAAGGGUUCAUCCUGUAUCAGCCUGGAGAUGAGUGGGUGCAGAAUGGAGAGGACCAGUGUAACAAGGAGGAGUGUAAGUGUGUGGAGCAGAACGGCAUGGUGUCCGAGGUGUGCUACACACAGUCCUGCCCAGCUGUCACCAACUGUCCUGAGGAGUUUAUCAUGUGGGAUGAGCAAGGAUGCUGUCAGAUCUGCCAGGAGCCUCCCAGUGGGUCGUGCUCUGCUGAGCUGGUAGAGGGCGGUGCACAGGUCCUGGCUGUGGGGACGUGUACCACCAUGGUGCCAGUCAACGUCACCCAGUGUGCCGGCCACUGCCCAUCCUUCACCACUGUCUCCUUCCCCAACGACCUCAGCUUCGAGAGUGCUUACAACCAUGAGUGCCAGUGCUGCCAGCCGUCCAAGAGUGAGCGGCGGACUGUGGACAUGAUGUGUGAGGACGGAACUCUCCAACAGCACUCUUACGACUACAUCCUGGAGUGUACCUGUGACGUCAGCAAGUGUCUGCAGUGGGGAACGGAACCCGAGACUCCCUAAAGCACAUCAGCCGCCUUUCCUGAUUGGUCAGUUUGACUCCGCCUCCUGACAUCGACCUUUUGACGUAGUAUCGUUUUGAUGCUUAUUGUUGUAACCUUCUAUUUUUUUGUCACUUAGCCCACAAUCACCUUGUGUAAGUCUAAAGAGAGAAAUGACUGCUAUCAAAUCAAGCAUUCUUAGUUUUUCUAGUCAUUUACCGAUCAGGUAAAGAAGCUGAUAACGUCCCAUCAAAGUCAUACUAUCAUAUCUGUGAGACUGUCAAAAAGGAAGAGCAAGGACCUUGACAAACACUAUGUAUACUCUAUUAAUGAUUGUGUGUUAGAAGCAAAAGCUUGAGGAAUGUGUUUUCUUAACUUGUGAUUCUAGAAUGGCACAACUCUAUUUGUAGAAAGGUUAACAUAGUCUGUGUUGAAAGGUUGAGAACUUAUGAACAGGUGUGUAUGUGGACACAAUUAAGAUUUAUUUAGUUACAGCUAGUAAUAUAUACAAUUAAACUGGUCUUUCUUGGUUUAGUGUUUGCAAGAAGUACUCUAGUUCUGGAAAUGAAUAAAUAUGUCUGCAUUGCACA